AUGGUCAUCUUGGACCGCUUCCGCGACGUCGACGUCGCCAACAUGGAAGAGUGCGUUGCGCUGCAUGAGGUGCGCCGCUUCUUCGUUCGCGCUGGCAUCUACCUCGCGACGGACGAGACCCUACGCCAAGCUCGCGCCUGCUUCGUCUCACACGUGUGCAAAUUGCAGCCGCUGGCGCAAGCCGCCAUGGAAAGCGACCACCGCAUGAGCUUCAUGGCCAAAGACAUUCGCGCUGCCAUUCGCUGCAUUGAUCCUCGAAUGGCCAUCUACGGUUUUGACGCUGGUGAAGACAAGCCCGAGAAGAGCACUGCCCAUGGCGACAACAACAGCGACGACGACGACGAUGGCGCGAGCGCUUCAGGAAGCGACGAUGGCGCGAGCACUUCAGGAAGUGACGACGGCAGCGACGAAGAUGACGAACUCGACCGCCAUGUCGAAGAGACGCUUGGCCGAGACGAAGACUUUGGCGACGGCGACUUCUCGGACGGCGAAGUGGCAGGUGACUUGCUAAACGCCGCUGCCUUCGCCUCAGAAGAUGCUCUAUGGGUCGACGAGGAGGGAAUCCUCCGUAUCAGCGAAGAUGAUGCAUAUGCUGUCAGCACCAUGGAGCAAGAGAGCCCGUACUUGCUCCCUCGCUCCGCGGUGCUACGCAUCUGGUCGAUCGCAACGAACCUCCCAAUCUUGCCGGCAGCUCUCAGCGCACUUCACAGCACCACAGAGCACUUCCUUUUUAAGGAGAUGUCAGACGGCAAGCUCGGCAGCGACAUGGCAUGUACCAUUCUUCAGGGCUUAAUCAUGGAGCAAGCGAGCACCGUUGACUUCCUCGAAGCCCAAGUUGCUUCGCAAGCCUCGAAGCUCGAGACACACGAGUCCACGAUCGAGAAGCUCAGGAAGCAGCUGACCGAGCGCAAGGUCCCGCGCAAGAGCUUGGCGCUUUCGGAUGCCAAUAUUGGCAGCAACCUCAUCAAGGGCAAGUUGUCCACACCGCGCAAGCGCCUCAGCAGCGAGAUGCUCCAAGAAAAUCAAGUCCCAACGCCGCAAGCACUUCGCCACACGCGUUCGGCACACCACCGAUAA